AUGUAUAGUGUAGACAGUACACCUUCAAAUUAUUUUAUUCAUUUCAUCUCUCUCUCUCUCUCGAUUGGUAGAAAGCAAAGACUGCUGCAGCACCUCCGCCGCAUCAUCGUCACCGGCCAGAUCGAUUGUUACACUAGCUACAGUAUACGGUGUAGUCUUCUAAUGGCAUAUCAUCCUAACCAUAUCUCGCAAGAUAUGGCCCUACAACAACAUUUCUCCGACACCGACAACAAUUCCGUCCUCCGAACGAUUCUUCCAGAACAUCACCACCUCACAUCCGCCGCACAAUCUUCCUCUUCUUCCCGUUCCGCCGGAAAAGACCACUGGCUCAAUAACGCAAUUCUCCGGCAACAAGGCAGAUUCGGUGGCGGAACCGGCGACGGUAACAAUAAUAUCUUCCUCAACCUGCAAACGAACCACAAUAAUUCAGAUUCUGCAGCUACGACGUCAUCUCAGCAUCACCACCAUCAACAGGCUGCUAACAAUAACAACAAUCAGUGGCUAUCGAGAUCGAUAUUGCAGAGGAACGUUAGUGAUGUUAGAGGAGACGACGGAGUUGCGGAAGUUUCUACUGACUCAAUUAUCGCCGCCGCCGCCGUGAUGUCUUCUCACAGUUCACCUGAUCUGAACAAUCAUUCUAGAAACAUCGCUGUAAGUCAGGUAGAUAACAAUGUCGGAGGAGGAGGAGGAGAGCUCGGAGAGAGUGAGGCAGGUGGCGGCGACGGCGGUGGUGGUGGUGGUGGAUCGUUAAUGAAUUGGCAAAAUGCUAGACAAAAAGCAGAGGUACUGUCGCAUCCGUUGUACGAACAGUUACUAGCGGCUCAUGUGGCUUGUUUGCGCAUCGCAACGCCGGUGGAUCAGCUACCGAGAAUCGAUGCACAGCUUGCGCAGUCGCAGCAAGUGGUUUCGAAGUAUUCCGCUCUUGGAGGCCAUGGUAAUCUUGUUCAUGAUGAUAAGGAGCUUGAUCAAUUCAUGACACAUUAUGUUCUGUUGCUUUGUUCUUUCAAAGAACAAUUACAGCAACAUGUUCGAGUUCAUGCAAUGGAAGCAGUAAUGGCCUGUUGGGAGAUUGAACAGUCCCUACAAAGCUUAACAGGAGUGUCCCCUGGAGAAGGCACAGGGGCAACAAUGUCCGAUGAUGAUGAAGAUCAGGUGGAUAGUGAUGCCAAUUUAUUUGAUGGAAGUCUUGAUGGACAUGACACCAUGGGAUUCGGCCCUCUUGUCCCAACAGAGAGUGAGAGGUCAUUGAUGGAACGUGUUAGGCAAGAGCUAAAGCAUGAACUCAAACAGGGUUACAAGGAGAAGAUUGUGGACAUAAGAGAGGAAAUAUUACGCAAAAGGAGGGCAGGAAAACUGCCUGGUGAUACUACCUCUGUUUUAAAAGCUUGGUGGCAAUCACAUGCCAAAUGGCCAUACCCUACUGAAGAAGACAAAGCACGAUUGGUUCAAGAAACAGGGCUACAAUUGAAGCAGAUAAACAAUUGGUUUAUCAAUCAGAGAAAACGCAACUGGCAUAGUAAUCCUUCCUCUUCUACAGUCUUGAAGAGCAAACGCAAAAGAAGCAAUGCAGGUGAUCGUGAUGGUGAUCAUAUCAUGUAA